UUAAUCAGGCCACAUCCAGUCCAACCCAACCCAUAUUAGAUGUCAGUCCGAUCCACUCCAAUCCAAUGUGAAAUCUCAGCCCACUCAAAACCAACCAAACAGAUCCAAAUCAACAUCAAACCCAUUCUAUCCAAACAAAUCCAGCCUCUCACUUUUCCUUCCGUGAACUUUUCUGAGCUCACUAGCGCUGUAGCCCCUCAUGCCCUCGUCUGAAUUCCGAAGAAGUCAGUCACGCUUGGCGGCUGAAACAAUAGUUAAAUACAAGCAUAAUCAAUCAAGAGUCUUCAUCAAAGCUCGGAUUACUUUGGGAAAGCAGCAUUACCACUCGCAGGGUAAGCGUCACAAGCCUCCGGCCCGGCGGUCGCUGUCUCAGCUCAUAGUCUCCUCCUACCCAUUUGCUCCCUGCCCUCUACCUGUUCGACGAAAUGCCGGAGAGGGCCAUCACAUACGCCGUGGUUGAUGCUUUCACAGAUGAGCCAUUCAAGGGGAACACGGCUGCCGUCUGCCUCCUCGAGGAGAGCUGGGAAGAACAGUUGGAUGAGCAGUGGAUGCAGUCCGUUGCCGCGGAGUUCAACACCUCCAUUACCGCGUUCUUGGUCCGUGCUGAUGCUGAUGCUGCAAAUCCCCAGUUUCAUAUCCGUUGGUUCACUCCUGUUCGCGAGAGUGAACUUUGCGGCCAUGGAACAUUAGCUGCUGCGCACUACCUGAUUUCAUCUGGCCUUGUGAAGUGUAAUGCGAUAGAUUUCUUGGCAAAAUCUGGAUUUCUAACAGCCAAGAAAGUUGUUGGCCUUAAGCAGUCCAGCACCUUGAUUUCUCCACUGCAAGAAGCUUGCACGAAAUUCUUAAUUGAACUGGAUUUCCCCCUCAUUCCAGUAGUCAAAUGCUCACCUUUGGAGAUGCCAUCUAUUCCUGAGACUUUAAAUGGUGCAUCCGUCAGUAAUGUGCUGAAAACUGUUUCUGAUUCUGCCACCGAUCUCAUUGUGGAGCUUAAUUCAAGUGAGGAAGUUGUUAAUGUCCGACCAAACAUUUCUGAAUUAGUCCAAUCUGCUGGAAGAGGGGUUGCUGUUACAGGGCCAGCUCCUGUUGGAUCUAGCUAUGAUUUUUUCAGUCGUUUCUUCUGCCCAAAAUAUGGAUUGAAUGAGGAUCCUGUAUGUGGUAGUGUGCACUGUGCCUUGGCUCCUUACUGGGGCAAGAAGCUAGGUAAACAAUGCAUGACUGCCUCCAUGGCUUCCCCAAGGAGUGGAACGCUUUAUCUGCAAUGGGAUGAGGCGGCCCAGAGGGUUCAAAUUCGCGGAGAAGCUGUUACUGUCAUGGUUGGGAACAUUCUAGUCUAGAAAAUACUUCUGAUUAUUGAACAACUGCCAUCAAAUCAACGAAUAAUUUUGGCAGCUUUGGUCUGAAGUUUGAAACUUUGAUCCUGAAUCCGUACUUAAUGCUUGUAAUCACUGGAGUACAUGUCAUGUAAACGUAAAUUCGUAAAUUGCAAAACUUGUUUGCAAAAAAGAAAAUGUCAAAACAUUAGUUUUUUAAGAGACUAUCCUUUUGGACUA